AUGAGGCACUAUCUUUGGAAGCCGCAGCACACAAGCUUUUUUUGAGGUUGCUUCUCUUCCGCCGCACCCCUGUUCACCGUCUCCGAGGUUGCAGGGUUUCACGGCUCCAAUGGCGGCUUUCCACCACUUCGGGAACAUGAACGAAGUCGCAUUCAAGCCCCGCCUGCUUCUCUCACUCAUAAGAGACCAUCUUCCCGACGAGAAAAGUUCCUUCUCCGACCCCUCUAAACUCUCCAAGGCCGUGUCACUUUUAAAAACCCACUCUCUUCUCUCCGAGUCUUUUCUCGCAGACUCCACCUCCACCAAAGUAAUCGAAGCCUGGAAAUCCGCAUUCUCUUCAUGGCUCAACCGCAUAUUCUCCCUCCUCUCCACCUCCAUGCCUGAUAAAUGCUGGGCGGGGAUCACUCUGCUCGGGGUGACAUGUGAAGAGUGCAGCUCUGAGCGUUUUCUGGAAUCUUACUCUGCGUGGUUCAACAAGUUGCUGGCUUUUCUACAGUCACCAGCAGAUUCACAUCUAGUGAAGGUAGCGGCUUGUGCUUCAUUGUCUGAUAUAUUUAUAAGGUUAAGUGGAUAUCCUAAGAUCAAGAAAGAAUCAUCUUCCUGUGCUGUUAAAGUUGUUCAGCCUACAUUGAAGAUGUUGACUGAUGAGAACUCAGAGGCAAUAUGGGAUGCUGCAGUUCAUUUGUUAUGCACCAUAGCAACCUCAUUUCCAUUUUCGAUUCGUAGUCAUUAUGAUGGUGUUGAAUCUGCUAUCGCCUUAAAACUUUUGUCUGGAGGAUGCAGUCUUGAUAUGUCGCAGAAACUGGCUCAUUGCCUUGCACUGCUUCCAAAAUCAAAAGGAGACAAUGAAAGCUGGUCUGUGAUGAUGCAGAAAAUUUUGGUGUUAAUAAAUGAUCAAUUAAAUCUAGCUUUUCAUGGUCUAGAAGAAGAAACCAUGCGUGAUGGGGUUACUAGGCUUUUGGUUUUACCAGGAGAACAUCCUCCACCACCGUUAGGAGGCUACAUAUUGGCAGAAGAAGUUAGAAACAAUGCAUCACAAAUGACUGAGCAAUCCUUGAUGUCUAAUGUCUCUACCCUUAUGUCUGUCUGUUGUCUAAUGCUUACAAAUUCAUAUCCUGUUAAGGUAAAUGUUCCUGUUCGCCUGUUAUUGGUCCUGGUUGAGAGAGUUCUGAAGGUAAACGGUUCUUUGCCACAAACGUCAAUGCCAUUCGUGACUGCCAAGCAGCAAGAGAACAUUUGUUCAGAACUUCCGGCUUUGCACUUGAGUAGCCUGGAAUUGCUUACAGCUAUCUUAAAGUCUCUGGGCAGUCAACUAUUACCACAUGCUGCCUAUAUUGUACUUAUCAUUACAAAGUACUUCAAGACAUGUGAGUUGCCGAAGUUAAGGAUUAAGGUCUAUUCAGUGACAAAGAAUUUGCUCAUAACCAUGGGUGUUGGAAUGGCUUUAUACCUUGCACAGGAAGUUAUCAACAAUGCUUUUACUGAUUUAAGUAGUAUUGAGCAUACGAAUGGUGACAUAUUAAAUGGUUCAAUUUCAAACGCCCCUGCUGGAGCAAAGAAACCAUCCAGUCAUAGAAAAAGGAAGCACAUCAAUGCAACGGGAUCCCUUCAGGAGCAUGAUCAAGGUGGUGGUUUGGGCUUGGAAGUUCCCAAGAAUUGUCCAUUGACUCCAAUUUCUCUGAGAAUAGCUGCACUGGAGACAUUAGAGGCUCUUGUUACCGUGGCGGGUGCUUUAAAAUCUGAACCCUGGAGAUCAAAAGUUGAUAGCCUUUUGAUAGUCAUUGCAACGGAUUCUUUUAAGGAAGGAACAGUUGGUGAAGAAUUCAGUGUGCUUCAUCUAAAGGAACCUGCUGCUACUGUCACAGAUUUGCAGCUAGCUGCAUUGAGGGCUUUAUUAGCAUCUUUUCUUUCAUUUGGUCGAGGGAGACCUCCAUAUUUAUCCGAGGGGCUUGAACUUUUCCGUAGAGGGAAGCAACAAACUUCUGUAACAAAGCUAGCUGAGUUCUGUGUCCAUGCUCUGUUAACCUUGGAAGUGCUUAUACAUCCUAGGGCACUUCCAUUGGUAGAUUACACCUAUAAUGAUAACAAUUCUUUCGGUGAAGCCCAUAGUAAUCUCCAACAUGAAUAUUUUGGCCGAAGCAACAAAACCCCAUAUGGUUUACCUCAAGUUUCUCCUGACUAUGAUGACGAUGUUUAUGCUGAAUGGCUUGAAAAUGGCAAUGAAGCUGAUGUGCCAAUGGCUAAAGAUACAAAAAACAACCAAGAGACUUCUGAAGCUUGCAGAGAUAAUGAUCCUGAAGUGCUUCCUGUGCAUGUAUCUUCUGACACAAAUAUACAGAAGAGGGCCCAAAUGGAUUCUGAGGCUGCCACUUCUGCAGAUGUUGAAAUGAAAACUGUUGGGGAUGAAACCAAUUUCAAGUCAUAUCAACCUGGAGAAUCUGCAGUGCAAUUUCAGGAUCCUGGAUCUUUCACCCUGAUGGAAGAUCACAAUGAUAUAGUGUCUGAGAAGAUUCUUUCAGACAGCACUGCUCCUCAUAAUGAAGCUAGUCAUACGGAAUCAGACCAAGGAAACUCUGUUAAUAAAGACUUUGCUUCUCAGAGUAACAGCUUAAGGCAAACAACCACAGGCUCCAAUAUUUUUCAGGAAUUUUCUUUUAAUGACAAUUCACUAGCUGAUGAAGAUGGUUUUCCUGAUAUUGUGGAUGGAGACCCAGAUUCUGAUUACGAUGAAGGAGAGUUUUGGUAAUUUUUGUUAUCCAUAGAAGCAUAAGAAAUACAUAGGGUAGUUCAAAUUCAUUCUCUUUUUCCAUCUUUUUCCCAAAGGAAGCAUUCGAAGUUUUGACCUCUGCGAAAAAUGAAAUAGUUUUCAAACUUGAGUUCAGUUCGUUAGAAAGCAGUAAAUUUGUGUCUGUUAUAGUUUUAUCAUUUCUUUAUAAUCAACAGUUUGUUAGAACAUAGUAAAUUUCUUUUUAAUCAAACUAAUGUGUCUUC